AUGAGCGACGACAAGACUAUUCAGUUCACUUCGCAUAACGAACGGCAAAUCGAAAGAACGCGCAUUCUUACCAUGAAAUACGGCAAGCAACAAAUGGCGCUAAUUCGCAAACGGCUCCUAGUGGAAAUGUGGCUGUUGGAGCAGUUAGAAAUUAUUUUUGAAGACGAAGUAAGAUUUUUUGAGUCAAUGAUUUGCCCGUGCUUGUUAUCUCGCACACAGUUACAGGAAAUGCGUAACUCUUGGUAG